GGGAGGAGGAGGAGGAGGAGGUGUGGUUACGGACACGGAGAUGUGGUGCAGCGGGUUGCGCAGAAAUCCACCAACGAUGUAGCGUAAAGAAGAGGAAGAGGAAGGAGAGGAAGAGGAAGAGGAGAGGGAGGAGAGGAAGAGGAGAGGAAGAGGAGAGGGAGAAGAGGAGAGGGAGAAGAGGGAGCAGCUCGCGGGAAUCUGACCGAGAAGGCGGAUAUUGCAGCGCGACCUUUUUGCACAUGUCGAUGUCGUCAUCGGGAAACCACCUCGCGCUGCCUCGCUUCGCCUCCGCGUCGGCGGGGACCGGAAUGGACGCGCGGUGCGGGCGAUGCGGCAACAUCAACAUUAAAGAAACUUGAUGGAGAAAACUAGAGGAGUCCCUUUAAGAUGACACGCACAGACCCUCCUGACAUACUGGUAUCAACUGUGCAUCGAGAUAUUCGAGUCGUCCCCUUUUCUUCACACAGCGAGUCGUUGCAACCCUCCGAACAAUGUGAUUCUAUACAUUACAGCACACUGGAGGACAGGAAGAGCAAAGUCAAUAAGAGGCACUGCCGCUCCUUUGACUACCGGUCAUUGGAGAACCCCAAAUCCCAGACAUACUCAAUGGAGUCCCCGUACAAGAAUGCUGAUCGGCAGGCCGCUAACCCCGACGUGGCCUUGAACGCCCUGGGCCGCCAGCAGAGGUACCGCUUCUCUGCCCCGGACAUUUUCAGCCAUAGAUUAACUCCCCAACCAAUACCUGCAGACAUGCCCAGUGAAGUCAUUGUCCAUGAACAAAAAAGAAGGACCAGGUCAAAAAGUGCUUCUCGGGUCCAGACUAGUCUCACCCCCGUGUCUUUCGAAGGGUCCUCAUCUUCUGGGAGGAAGGGUAGGGAGUCCCAAAGGGCUCCAAGAGACUCUCACUGGAGGCCUGAAGUAUCACCGCGUAGGGAGUCCUCCCACGCAGCAACUCGGGCUCAUAUGCAUGACGUCCAUCCAAUUAAGUUGCAGCCUCAGACGAGCGACAGCAGUAGAUACUCGCCGCACUAUGCCGCGGAGAAUUCUGAGGAUGGAGUGCUGGAUAAACCGGCAACUAGCCCUCAUGUCAGGUGUCGCGUCGACAUCAAACCGGAUGAAGCGGCGUUACAUCAUUCAGGCCGUAAACAGGCUUCACAGCACGUGGACAUACCCUGGCAGAGGCACCACAGUGGGGGGAGGAGGAGUCUGACUGUGCCACGCCAUUUCUCCUACUCCAGAACACCAACUCCCACUGAUUCACUGGGCACCGAGGGCAAGCAAGCGCAUCAAUAUUCCCGCAGCAUGCCAAAUAGUUACAUGCAACCCAUGGAGAUUCCCCUGCAGAGAAUGCUUUCAUCGGGUGAUGAUCGGUACUAUGGAAGGGAGCGCAGAGCUCACUCCAGUCCCAACGUGCCAACCAAGUUCUUUUAUGCAGACGAUUCAGCGAGAUAUGCGACUACUGCGCCUCCUCAACCAACUUCUGGCUUUCACGAUGAACGUUACACACCAGGACAAACAUACACUCCAAAAGUGCAAUACGUGCAAGAUCCAAGGACUCGGAUGGUGCAUGCUGUGACUACAAGACCCUACUAUCCUGAGAUGGAGCCUUAUCCGUAUUCUGUGCAGACGGGGUAUCCCAAACCCUACGUGGCUAAAGAACCGGGGCCAUACAUCAUACAGACACCUCCAACAAGAAUAUUUUAUGGGGAUGAUCCAAGGUCUUACCAAAUCCAAACAGCUCCUCCAAGGUUUUAUUAUUCCAGCGACAUGUAUGCAAUGCCACCAGAGCAUCAUAUUCCAGCGAGGGCAUAUUACACAGAGGGCCGAAGACAUGCUCGAGUUAUUCAGGCACAAACUGAUGACUGGUAUGGCUCAGAAGCAUCUGGCUAUUCCACCAAUCCUGCCUCUUAUGUAUCUCAAGUCACUCCAACGAGAGUCCGCCAAGAGCCUGUUUUAAAUCCAUGGUAUGCCAACCCAUGUGUAGAACCUCAAAGAAUCGGCCCAGAUUCAAAAUCUUACUCGAGGUCCUGGGACAAUAUCCUCGACCCUCGCGUGGAGAUGGAACAACCUAUUACUGUCCAGCGGGGCCAGAGCUGUGAUGAUCUUCUUGACUCCAGGAUGCCUGCAGCAGCCACCGGGGACAAACCACAACCAGUGGUCGUCAAUCUUUCCAGUUCCCCGAGACGCUACGCAGCCUUAUCGAUGUCUGAUAGCUCGCUGAUUGACAAAAGCCCAACAGAGACAACAAAAGGCAGUACGAGUAAACUCUGGUUCGUCACCCCUGAGAUAACAAUCACCGAUAACGACAUUCGACCGGGGAAACUUAAUAGGGCCGAAGGACGGUCUGCCAGUUGGGACAUUCUUGACUCCAGAACCACGGAGGGUCCAGAACCGUCCCAGCGAGACUUUGAAAGCUCAACCAAAGAGAAGAUUCAUGACAACGCCUCGCUACAGCAAAGCCUCGAGCAACUCGACGAGCUUCUGGCCGAUCUCGUGACCGAUUACAAGCCACCCACUAGAAGGGCGAGUGAGGACAUUCUAGAUCAACUGAAGAAGUUAAUUGAUGAGGAGGAAGCAGUGUCUCUGUCCAGAAAGGGCUCAAAGGCAUACACAGACGAACCGCCUCCUCUGGACAAGCAGCCCACCUCGAUAAGAAUGAAUCCCGAUCCUUUUCGAGACAUGGACAGCGAUGCAAUGAAGAGCGCAGACGAGUGCUCUCCGGACCAGAGUCCCGACGAGGACGAUACGAUGAUGUGCUCCAACAACAAAUGCCAGAGGACGGAGACCCUGUUCAACGCUUGCCUGUAUUUUAAAUCCUGCCACAGCUGCUACACGUACUACUGCUCUCGCAACUGCCGCAGAGAGGACUGGGACAUUCAUAAAGAAAGCUGCGUGUACGGCCGAAUCGGCAGCAUAUGCCGCCACAUCAUCAAACACUGCCGCGAGACCGUCGAAGUCCACAAAGCCUUCUCCCGUAUUGCCAAAGUGGGCUACCUUUCUCGAGGUAGAGGAGUUCUAUUCCUCGGUUUUCCAAACCCGGGGUCAUCCAGUAAAUUCCUGCAGUAUGGCCUGGAUAGUCUACUCAUGUCUCCCACGUACCUGUCUCUCCGAGAGCUGGAAAGCUUCAAAGACAACCUGGGGGAGUACUGCAAAGAGCUCCAGGAAGCCGGUUCAGAGUACGACCCGAACGAAUGUUUCAUCUUGAAUGUAUCCAUCGCCGUCGGUGACCAGAUGCCCGACGGGCCAUCUCCGAGGAACGAAGCUCCGACCGUCAGAAAAUAUGCAAAGGUGGCGCUGGCUUCCUUCAGCCCCGAGAGGAAGGUUCAGAAGAAAGAGAGCGACAUGGAAACGCUGAUCCUCACUCCGCCCCCGGGAACAGCAGACAUCGACAAAGAGGGAGAGGAAGGCAGGAAGGCCAGGGAAAUCUGUUUUAUAAAUAUACAACGGGAGUUGAGGAUUCGAGGGGUUUUCCUACGCCACGAAUACCCAAAGGUAUAUCAGCAGCUCUGUGAGUUUGUGGAAAGUAACCGGAGGUUCACGCCCACAACUAUUUAUCCUAUCGAUAAGAGGACAGGUAAACAAUUCAUGUGCAUGAUUAUGGCCGCCUCUGAACCCAGGACGUUGGACUGGGUAGGCACCCCGCAUCUCCUCGAUGACAUUAUUUAAGUGCACCUUUUGUUGUAAAUAUAUAUGUCUAGAAAUACAUAUAUAUUGUUACACAUAUUUAUAUAUAUCAAUCCAAUUACAAGCAUUUGUAGAUAAGUAUUUUGUUAUCAAAAUGAUAUAUAUUCAUGUCUGCUUGGUCAGUAUUAUUCUUUUUCAGAAUAUAUGCUGUCAGGUGCAGAAUGGGUACAGUACAUUAUUUGUUUUAAUCUUUUUAACAAGCACAUCAUUAACUACGUGUCCUGGUCGUAUCCUGGUUACUGUUACACGUUCUUUUUGGUAGGGAUUACCUAAACUGACAUUAUUUGAUUUAUUCGCAAUAUAUGUUUUUAGUUUUUUUUAACUCAGCCUCUAUAAAUGAGGGAGAUAAUUUCUGGAAGUGAGUAUAACAUUACUAUUUUUCAUAUGUGACUCAAGUGGUUAACCAUACAGAAAAUAUUAAACAUUAUUUUCUUAGCUACGUAAAUACUUUCUAUGCAAAGUUGCUUCAUGACUUUAAGUACCACAUUCCUGUAGGAGUUUUUUUCAGUUAAAAUAUUACAUUAUAUUAAAUCAUAUUACAUUAUUAUACACAUCUUUAAAGAAAGUUUUGCUGAAAUUGAGAUAAACUGUUGAAAGUUUUAGGGCAAAGUACAUCCCGAGAAAAAAAUGAAAGCUAAAAAAAGUGAUAGUUGUGCUGCUUACAUCUCUAUAUCUAUAAAACAGGCACAAGAUAUUUUCCUCUUUGAGUUUAAUAGCACACUCUGGAGAAAUUCAAGCUAAGUUCAGUCGUUCUUUGAAUUUCCUCUUUAAAGUUACGGAGCACUGAAAGCGACCUCCACCCAGCGGCUCUUGAGACGGUGCCAGUCACCAGCCGCACGGUAGUCAGUUUAACACUGUGAAUAGUGAGAGUGUAAACUCGGUGUCAUACCAAGUGAAUCAUGCAAAUUCCUAUAACGCUGAAGUUGAUGAGUUGUAUUUUUAGUUAUAUUUACACAAAAAAAGAAGAAAAUGAAUUAGCAGCAGGAGUUAUUGUCCUUAGAAAAAGGUGACCCCGAUGUGGCGCAGUAGAUAUACGGUGCAUUAAUGCUUGAGGAAACAUUAGUUGUGUAUUUGUGCUGCACUAGGUUUAAUUACAUGUGUGAUUUAUAUUGUCCUAUUUAGUUUUUUAGCAAAUGAGAACUUUUUUGCAUUGCUCAUUCAUUGUUUUGCAGAACUUUUUGGAAGCAACUCAGCCGCGUUGCCUCGACUCUCAAGAUACAAAAGUUUGGGGUCACUUAGAAAUGUCCUUACUUUUCAAUGAAGAUAACAUUAAAUUAAUCAGAAAUACACUCUAUACAUUGUUAAUGUUGUAAAUGACUAUUCUCUGGUUUUUA